GAAUCUGGUUGGAAAGGAGUUGCGGGUGCUGAUGUUUUCACGGUAAUUAGACCUAAUCAGUGGUUACUAAGUCAGAGAUACAAACCCGUGACAGUCAUGAGAAAUGUCCUUGUUCAAAUAAAAUGUUAAGUGAAUGAAAGGGAACGAACAAACUUUAAGGAAUUUCAUUCUGUUGUUUCCAGUCACCGUUGACGCACAUAUAUUCUUGGGUGUGACCAUUUUUAUCGACACGAUAUGCCCGGAGGUGACUUCACUGUGAAUGUGUCCAGUAGAGGGAGCGGAGGUGCAUUCUACAUCCGAGCUGAAGAGGCUGCGGGCAUUGCCCUUCUCGUUAUCAUUCUCACAAUUCUGCUGAUCAUUGGGUGCUGGUACUACAAAAGAAGGAAUGGAUACACAAUGAUUCGGAGCCGAGGUACAGCCAGCAGCAUUGGAAGAGUCUUGAUGAGAUCUGGACACUGCAGUGAAGAAGGAGCCACUCCAGAACACAAAUUCCCCUUGAAUGACUACAGCAGUCUGAACCCAGUGGUUGCCGAUGCCCCUCCAGUUUAUGAGAAGAUAUCUGCAGGGCCUUUACCACCUCCAUAUUCUCCCUGAAGUCUCCAGUGGUGUCUGCCCAUAGUACCAAACCUGAAGGUCUAAAUGUGGUCUCUGUGGUGGUUUGUGUUCAGAAGAGUGCACCCAUUUACAUGUUCAAGUGAUACUACUGUAUAUUAAACUGUCCUUGUUUCCUUUCAUCAUAA